GACUCGCGCGAAGGUCCAACCAGUCACUAUAGCCAUGCAAAUUGCAUGACGAACCACGUCUCAUCUACCAUUAUACGUUAUGUUACGCUCCUCUACUCCAAAGCUCCUAACCUUCCCUUAGAAGCCCUUCUUCACAGAAAAACCACCAUUUUGUUGUCAUUUUUUUUUCCUCUGGAGAGCCUCGAUCGGAAUCGGAAACCCGAACCGAUGGAGAACCCAAUCCGGUGGACCACCGUAUGGGUGGUGGCAUCGUGGUACGGCUCCAACAUCGGCAUCCUCCUCUUGAACAAGUACUUGCUGACCGGAUUCGGAUUCAAGUACCCGGUGUUCCUGACCCUGUGCCACAUGGUGGCCUGUGCUUCGCUGAGCUACGUCGCCAUAGGGCUGGCCAGGGUGGUCCCUCUGCAGGCUAUAAAAUCCCGGUCGCAGCUGGGCAGGCUCGCUGCGCUCAGCGUCGUUUUCUGCUACUCUGUCGUCUGCGGGAAUGUGUCGCUUAGGUACAUUCCGGUGUCGUUUAACCAGGCAAUCGGGGCGACGACGCCGUUUUUCACGGCGGUGUUUGCGUACCUGAUGAUCCAGAAGAGGGAGGCUUGGGCUACUUAUGCCGCGCUUGUGCCUGUUGUUGUUGGCGUCGUCAUUGCUAGCGGGGCUGAACCGAGCUUCCAUCUGCUUGGAUUUAUCAUGUGUGUUGUGGCUACAGCUGCAAGGGCAUUUAAGUCGGUGCUUCAAAGUAUCUUGCUAUCCAGUGAUCAAGGGGAAAAUCUCAACUCAAUGAACCUGUUGUUGUACAUGGCACCAAUAGCCGUAGCAUUCUUAGUUCCUGCAACAAUGUUAAUGGAGAAAGAUGCCCUCGAGUUCACAAUAGACAUUGCCAAAAAAGAUCUUAAAAUAGUGUGGUAUUUGCUUUUCAAUUCCUCAUUGGCAUAUUUUGUGAAUUUGACCAACUUCUUGGUCACACAACACACCAGCGCUUUGACUCUCCAGGUCCUGGGAAAUGCAAAAGGCGCAGUUGCUGUGGUUGUCUCAAUAUUAAUAUUCAAAAAUCCAAUCUCAUUCAUUGGGAUGUUGGGCUAUGCAAUCACCAUCUUUGGAGUCGUUCUCUACGGUGAAGUCAAGAAGAGGUACAGCUAAUAGUUUGAAAACUCUAAAGUCAGGUUUAGUUUAUGGAUUCACAAUUAUGAUUUAGAAUUAUUCUUGGUUUUUUGUGUAUUUUUUAUAAGAAAAAAUAUUAUAACAAACCACGAACUAUGAUUCGAAUCACAGUAUGAAUCCAACAA